AUGCUGCAGCUGCUGAUGGCGGCGGCCUUCUCGGCGGCCCCGCUAACACUGUACGUGUCGCCGGUGCGCAACCUCAGCCUCUUCGUGGAGGUCAUGGAGGUCGUCUCCCACGGCGUCGUCGCCCGCUUCCGUGUCAGCCUCUCCCGCGUCCUCGCUGGCCUAGCCCAGCCCAUCUCCAGUCGGUGA